GACCGAAACAAACGGAGUCGGGUGCUGUGGCGACACCGCUACGGCCACGCGGGCGGCUUACCGCUUCCCCUGCGCGGCGCUGCGAACCACACCGCGCGCCCGGAUUGCGGCGUUGCGCUCGCAAACCCGCGAGCAAUCGCAACGCCACCACCCCCGUCUCUCUCUGUCUCUCGUAGAGGGGGAUGGGUAGAUAGGCACAGGUAGACAGGACAAGGAUCAGAAUUAGCCACGCACCGAGAAGGAAAGCUUUCUUCCUCCUCGCCUUCUCCUCCUCCUUUUCCGGUAGCGUUCGUUGGUCCUUGUUCUUGAAUCCGACGGCGAGUUCUUGCGUCUGAGCGUGGUGGUCAGUGGACUUAUCUUGUUGAGACCGCGCGUAACCGAAGAACUGAAUCAAAUCGAAUUGGCAAAGAACGUAAAUUUGGUCGGCAAGAGCGAGGGCGAGGCCGGCCGAUCGGUCAGUCCGGCGUCGGCGAUGGCGCCGCCGUCGAUGGACUAUUGGCUCGGCUUCUUCCGCGGCGCCGGGGACAAUAUCUUCGACGCCAUCGACGCGGCCAUCACCAUCGCCGCGUCCGACAACCCCGGCGCCCUCCGCGCGCGCCGCGACGGCAUCGCCGAGCGCCUCUACACCGCGCUAUUGGUGACCGGCGCAACGGCGCCGGUCGGGGCGGCGGCGGCCCCCGGAGCGGCGGCGGGAACCCCUGUGACGGGGGCGCCGACGCCUGCGCAGCUCCUCCCCGAGGGCGCCGGCAGCGUGCCCAGCCUCUGCAGCUCCGACCGCGCCGAGGCCAUCACCAACGACGGCGCCCCGCGCCGCGGCGAUUCCGUCCUCGCCGAGACCGAGCGCAUCAAGGCCAUCCUCCUCAACGACCAAGAAAAGUUGAUGCAGUCGGAGGUCGCGUUGCUGGAGCUGCUCCUGCGGUUGCAACAGUUGGACCUCACGAUGGACACCUUGGAGGUCACUGCAAUAGGCAAGGCGGUGGGUAACUUCCGGAAGCACAACUCCAAGCAGAUUCGGAACCUCGUCAGAUCGCUCAUCGAAGGUUGGAAGCGUACAGUUGAUGUGUAUCUUGCUCGCUGCAGAGACGCCGUUGUAGAUCACACACCUCAGUCCAUGGGACCUUCUAGCUUGGAGCAGGAGGAACGAGGGGUGGCUUCGACCCCCAUGGAGGAAGGCGCCCUCUUCGCUACGCCAAGAACUUCCAUUCAGCUGUCCGAGGAAAGUCCAGGUUCCAAGUUCUCUGAUGGAAUGGAUGAGGAUCGAAGCAUCAGAAACAAUGCCGGUAGGGAUGAUGGCCAGCAGUAUCCAAUGAACCAUGAACCAGUUAGAAGGUCAACACCAAUGGGCCAGCGGUAUGAUCAAGAGCGGUGCUGGAGGCAAGAACAAUCUGUGAUAAGGCAGUCUCAACCUCAGGAACUGAACAAUGGGAGACCUCAGGUGAGGCCUAGGCCACAUCAAGAUGCCUCACCGGCUCAAGGCAGGCUGCAAUCCACUCCGUCAGAUAAACCGGUGAGCCACCAUGACGAAAAUUCUGUUCGAGCAAAGCUAGAGCUUGCAAAGAAUGCAAAGCUAGAGGCGACUAAGCGAAAGCUUCAGGAAGGUUACCAAGAAUUCGAUAACGCAAAGAAGCAGAGAACUAUACAAAUGGUGGAUCCACAAAAUUUACCAAAGCAAGGGAACCGGAAUUUUCAACCUAGCGGCAAGCCAAGGAAUAACAGCAACCGGAAUUGGUCAAGAUGAGGCACUAAUUCCAUUCAGCACCAGUGAUAGAUUGCAAUCUUCAAACAUUUCAUUUGUCUCCUUUUUAUCGGCUAAACUUUUAGUCCAGGCCAAUACAUAAGCAGCAAUAAGGCAUCUUGCAGAAUUGCUCACUAUUCUCCACAAACAUUGGCUGGUCCUAGUAUUUGUCAAACUUGUAAAGUUUGCUCAGAGUCCUAAUACCAAUUCUGAUCUUGAGCUCCCAAA